UGAGGGAGGAGGUGAUUGGGUGAGGGGGGGUUACAGAGAGGCUGUGGCAACGGCGUCUGCUCGACUCUACAUUUGGUUUCCUGUUCUGACUCAGUGUGUUACUCUGAGUUUAAACAUACUGACUCUCUGUCUCUCUCCAUGUCUUUGAUCAAAAUGCUGUCAGGGGCGAACAGGGCUUCAUUAGAACAUAUCAACUCAGAGCACUUUUUAAAAUAUCUGGUUGAAUGUGAUGGAGGCUAUAAAACAGUUUGUAAUUCAUCCAUGCACCUGAUGAAUGUUCCCUGCUGCAGAAACAAACCUAGUCUAAAAUCCUGUGAAUUCUAGAGGGAAAACUGAUAAUUAAAAAUAGAUAUGUUUGUGUCUUUGCGGGUGGUAAUUCAUUUUUGUCUGCUUAUUUGUGGGAGGAGAGGUGGGAAUUAAAAAUUACAGCAAAGUCCAAUGAUUUCUGUUUUUGACCGUCAUCUUAAAAAGAAAAACCUGGCUUGUUGCGCGGAAUCUGCUCCCUGGAUCAAUACAAAUAGCCAAAGAUGUGCAGUUAUGAAUCAGUGUUUUUGUUUGACUGUCAUGGCUGACAAAGAUCAAAAUGAUUCGCUCAAAGAGGAAGGGGAGUGUGAAUGCGUGCGUCUUCUUACGCGGACCUGAGGGUUUUGUGGUGCGUCUCUGCAGUUUGCGACUGAUAUUUUAACAUUCAGACCAAACUCGUCGGACCGUGUGUCUGUGUGUGUGUGUGUGUGUGUGUGUGUGUCUUCGCAGCAGGGAUCUAUCGCCUUCCUGCAGUGUCAGGGCUGCGUGAGUAUGUGACAUGUGUUCCAGCUUUAUGCCUCGACUAUCUGCUUUGCUCACAGGUCACCAACUUGUUGCAGGUGCAUCAAACAAACUCUGUUCCCACAUCGGAGAAAAAAAAAAUCGAUAGCUCUUUGCUUUGGUCCGACCCUGAACUGAGCCCGAAUCAUCGCUAUGAUUUGAGUCUGACAGAUUGAAAACUCUGGUUUCGAUUUAUUUUAUUAUCACUGUUGCUGUUGGCACGUAUAUGUCUCCAGCAUGCAUUUCAGUGGACAGCCUAAUUGGGACUGCGUAUUGGCCGGAGGGGGUUUCAAUGAUGUGAAACAACAAGACUGGAGUCUGGUAAACUGAAGUAGUGUAACUGUAAGCGGAUAUUCUGCUCCCCACCGGCAGGCUGUUGUGCAGAGCGGCCGUGCGCGUCUCAUUAACAGGAUCCCAUUACAACGAGUCCAACAAAUGGGUCAUUAUCCAUCACAGCCUGCGGUGCCUGCGUGGACCCAAACACACGUUUUUAUUUCUGAUCGCAUUGAACUGAUCUGGUUUAAUCAGUUCUGGUUUAAUCAUAAAUCUAAAACGAUCAGUUUUCAAUGAUCAACAUUUCAAAAAUAAUUUCGAGAUAAAUAAAAAUGCAAAAAAUUGCAACAGACUAACAAACGCACGAAUCCAAUCCAGGUGGUAUAUCUUUAUAUAACUUCUAAUGCUUAGAUCUAUAAAAACACUACAGCAGUCUCAGGUAUUUCAUUUAUAUAAUACAUAGAAAAUACAGUUUUAUUGUAAACCAGAAUAAACCCUCUUUGUGACAUCUAUGGGAUUCAGCAUGCGUCACCUGUAACUAUACCAUAAAAUAUUUCAAUCCUGUGAUCCUUUGGGGGUCGUUGGAGGAGGGGAGGGGGGUAGUCCCGCUGCCCGCUGACACCUGGUAAACGAUACGGCCUCUCUGCACAUGCGUAAUAGCCUGCCAAAAAUCCCAACAUCGUCUCUACUGUCAACCGACAGAGUUCCAAUCUGUCCGGAGAAAAAGUCAGAGCUGCGUGGAGCGGAGACGAGUGAGUUGGAGGAUUUCAGACCAAAGCGCAACCAAAAGACUUGGGAAACAUGCCGAGGUCUUUCCUAGUGAAGAGUAAAAGGGCCCACAGCUACCACCAGCCGCGAUACUUGGACGAUGACUUCAGCAGACUGGACACUAUUCUGGCUAACGUGUGCGCAGAGACCAAAUCUCAGGCGGAGUUUGAGUCCAACUCGGAGUCUCAGGAGGAUGGGAGCGCCGGAGCUGACAGAACAACCACCGGGUCCAGGCUGCUGUCCCAAGGCUCGCUCUCCUCGAGCCCCCCACUGAGCUGCACCGGCAGCGUGUGCGACCGAUCCUCCGACUGUGAUUUCUGGCGUCCCCCGUCUCCAUCCUCCUCACCAGAUUCAGAUAAAUGCUCCACUCCCUCUGCGGAGGACGGCCGCAACUUCAACAUCCCUGUCUUCCCUUACUCCUGGGCGGCGUACUCCGGCACUGCGCUGAGGCAUCUCGUUCAGGGGCCACAUUCCCGCCACCCCCAGGGCCACAGGGAGCCUCAAUCACCAGUCAGCAUCUACGCCGCCAAGGACAGCGGUGCCGGGCUGCUUUACGCACGGCGGGGCCCGGUUGCCGGAUCCUACAAGAACUUUUCUUCAACGGCCGACCAAAUCUGCAGGAUGCGCGAUGCAGACGAGCUGUAUGUGGAUGUAAAGCAGGAGUCCCGCGCUGCGGAGAUCAAGUCAGAAAACGAUUUUAUUUGCUCUAACAUCGAGUCAACUGGAUCCUACAAGUGCAUUAAAUGUUGCAAGGUAUUCUCCACGCCUCACGGUUUGGAGGUUCAUGUGCGGCGCUCCCACAGCGGGACGCGACCGUUUGAGUGUGUGAUUUGUGGGAAAACGUUCGGACACGCAGUGAGCCUGGAGCAGCACACAGCGGUUCACUCGCAGGAAAGGAGCUUCAGCUGUAAAAUCUGCAACAAAAGCUUCAAGCGCUCAUCCACGCUGUCCACGCACCUGCUCAUACACUCGGACACGCGCCCUUAUCCGUGUCAGUACUGCGGGAAGAGGUUCCACCAAAAGUCAGACAUGAAAAAACACACCUUCAUCCACACAGGUGAGAAGCCGCACAAGUGCCAGGUGUGCGGCAAGGCCUUCAGUCAGAGCUCCAACCUCAUCACGCACAGCAGGAAACACACCGGCUUCAAGCCUUUUGGCUGCGACCUUUGCGGGAAAGGUUUCCAGAGAAAGGUGGACCUGAGGAGACACAAGGAGACGCAGCACGGACUCAAAUGAGCCGACUUCGAUGCUUUAGCAGGAAAUCUUGCACUUUUAUUGUAUUUUGACUAAUCAUAGUCGUGUUUUAUUUUAUUAUAUUGGUUGUUGCAUUGGCCUAAUUUUCCCCUGAAUGUAGUGAAUUAUUUAGUCUGGGAUUCUUUGGUUGAUUUAAUCGAAAUAAAAGUGUAUUUAUUGUGUUUUUACCUUUAUAAUAUUUAUUGAAGCACAGCCUUUAGACUGUUACCAUCGAUUUACACAAACGAAUGUUUAUUAAUAAUUUGGGGAAUUCAUCAUCACGUAUAAAUGAACAAAUCUAGAAAUGCUCGCUCUCGUUAUAAUUCAUUCAAUAUUGAUAUAGUCAGGUAUACACAUUUGGGGCCAGGUGUCUGUUUCUUUCAGAAUGGACCCCCCAUCAAAUACGGUAUCUUUAAUUACUUAUUUUCUAAAACAUUUAUCAGAAUUUUGAAGUUUUAGGUUAAAAACAUUUUUAAAAUCACUCUGUGUCUCAUUCCACUGACUCCAAGUACGUUGUGAAAAACGAGAAGCUGCGUUAAGCCAUGCAGGCAAUCAAUCACGUCCCGUGACAAAGUUAUACCUCCAAUACGUUUUGCUGCGUGCGCCACCUGGUCAAAACCAAAUAUUUUCAGACACACACAUUGUUAACAUACCCAUAAAAUAAAUGACCUUAUGGUGUCAUAAACCGCCCUGUGAAGGAAGUCUGCAGAAAUAACGUCACUUUUAUUACAGAAGCUCCUCCAGCGCCUCAUGAACAGCGUGUCCACAUGGCGUUUUCUCUGGGAAAAGCUGGGUGUGAUUUAUUUGGCCCUGCAGAGGUUAAACAUCCUGCUCCAAAGCUUCAAGGAUCUGAUUUGCACACAUCUCACCACAGAUUGUGUAUUGUAAAAUAUCGCUACACAAUACAGGCAGAAAAACAUCCCGCAGACCAGCAAUGGAGGAAUGAGUCAGAUGCUUUUCUCAGUAAAAGUGUUAAUCAAGAAAGCAUUUCAAGUAUUGAAAAUAACUAAAUAUUGAAAAUGUCACUUGUUAUGUCAUUAAUUAUUUUGUAUUCAAAUUAAAAGCAGGGUUUUAUUGACUGAGCUCAUUUUGCUUAUCAAGUGCUAUUAAUUAUUUUAUUCUCCAUGAAUUGAUUGAUAAUUUGGUCUAUCAAAAAAUUAAGUAUGACACCUGUUGUCACAGUUACCCUGAACCUCAUGUGACGCCACCCCAAUGUUUGUUGUCAAACUAACAGUGCAAACCCAUUAUAAUGAGUAAAUUAAAAGGAUUAAACGGUAAAGCAGCAAAUUCUCACAUUUGAGAAUCUGGAACCAUAAAAGUUUUUUUAAUUCAUUUUUGCAUUUAAAAAGUUAUAGGAAAAAUAUCAACUUUUUAUUUUAUUUCAUUGCUUGUUUUUGUGUAGUUAAUU